ACAAACGCCAGUAACUCUUCACAUUAACUCCUCCCAUUCUUUUUCCCCCCAAUAUUAGACCUCAGAGGAACCAGUGGCAAUAUUUUCCUGAGCACUCAGACAAUUUCUAAUCACGGCACCGGCGAGUAUAAAACAACACUGGUUAAAGAAUAGUACAUUUGCUCGCAAUACUUUGCAAUAAUGCACCCUUUGAACGCAGCGACCUGCCUUAUCCUCGCUGCAUUAAAUGUGGGGAGUGUCAAACAAGCAGAGUCCAGCAGCAGCAGCAGCAGCAAAGGUGGUCAUUGUGAAUCAAUACCCACCGCGAUGGAGCUGUGUCGCGGUAUUGAGUACACCGAGAUGAUGAGGCUCCCUAACCUGCUGGGACAUGAAACUAUAGAUGAGGUGCUGCAGCAGGCCAGCGCAUGGAUCCCGCUGGUGCAAAAGCAGUGUCACGCCGACACCAAGAAGUUUCUCUGCUCCCUCUUUGCUCCGGUGUGCAUCGACGAGCUGGACGAACCGGUGCGGCCGUGUCGCUCGCUGUGCGUGCAGGUGAGGAAGGGCUGCUCUCCAGUCAUGUCAGCCUUCGGCUUCCCCUGGCCGGACAUGCUGGCGUGCAACCGCUUCCCAGAGGACAACGAUCUCUGCAUCCCACCCGCCGACUCCAACCAAUAUGUCCCCGCGACCAGAGACGAACUAAAGGUCUGCGAUGCAUGCAAAGAAGGCGAGCAAAACGACAAUGAAAUUGUCGAGAAAUACUGCAAAAAUGACUUUGCUCUGAAAAUAAAAGUGCAGGAGAUCUCCUACAGCAACGGGGACACAAUGAUCGUCCCUGAGACUAAAAGCAAGACGAUCUACAAGCUGAAUGGAGUGACCGAGAAGGAUCUGAAGAAGAGCGUGUUGUGGUUGAAGGGUGGUCUGCAAUGUCUUUGUGACGAGAUGAACGAUAUCACUGCUGCCUACUUAGUGAUGGGACAAAAGCUGGAUGGUAACCUAAUCAUUACCUCAGUGAAGAGAUGGCAGAAAGGUCAGCGAGAGUUUAAGAGGAUUGCCCGGAGCAUCCGCAAACAGAAAUGUUAAAUUGCGGUCAGUUGACCUCCCAGUCAUAUUAGUAAACCGUGCACAAUAUCCGUCGUGGUUUGUACCCCCCACGCCACAUGCUAUAACCUAUACCCAUUAUGUGUUUUAAAUAUAUAAGCUCCCUUUUCUUAGUUCAACUGGAUCACAUUAAUUUUUUUAUACUUAAUUAUACUUUUUUUUAUCGCCCAAGAGUAUUUCGUUUCAUGCUUUGUUGCUUAACUUUUGAUUUAAUUUUAAUUCCACAUCUAGUGGAAUAUACUAAUGAGACAUAGAGUCAAACAGCACAAAAACAGGCCCUUCGGCCCACUCACACGUGCCAACCAAGGUGCCCCAUCUCAGCUGCAUCCAUUUGCCCGUGUUUAACAUAUGUCCCUCAAAACCUUUCCUAGACAUGUAAUUGUCCAAAUGACGUUAAAAGAUUAUCAUACCUGCCUCAACUACUUCCUCAGGGAGAUUAUUCUAUAUACCCACUCGUGCUCUCUAGUUCUUGAUUCCUACCCUGAGAAGGGUAGGGUCUACCCAACACUGGGAAAAGGACUGUGCAUUUCCCCCUCAAUUUUACAUACCUCUAUGAUGUUACCCCUCAGCCUCAGACACUCCAAGGAAUACAGUCCUAGCCUGUCCAAUGCCUACUUACAGCCCAGGCUCCUGAGUCAUGGCAGCAUCUUCGUAAAUCUCCCCUACGCUCUUUCCAGAUUAAUGGCAUCUCCCCGAGAGGACAAUGACCAAAACUGAACACAAUGUUCCAAGUGUGGCCUCGCCCACAUCUUGUACAACUGUAACAAAAUAUCGUCUGUCGUUGUAACAUAUACUCCUAACUGUAACUCCUAACCACCCCCAUCGACUCCGUCCAAGGACCCCGACAGUCCUUUCAACUGAGACAGAGGUUCACUUGCUCCUCCUACAACCUCACCUACUGUUUCCACUGUUCCAGGUGUGGACUCGUGUAUAUUGGCGAGACCAAGCGCAGGCUCUGCGAUCGCUUUUUGCUGACCAGCUCCGCUCAGUCCGCCUAAACCCACCUGAUCUCCCGGUUGCUCAGCACUUUAACUCCCCCUCCCAUUCCCACACUGACCUUUCUGGCCUGGGCCUCCUCCAUUGUCAGAGUGAAGCCCAGCUCAAAUUGGAGGAACAACACCUCAUAUUUCGCUUGAGCAGCUUACACCCCAGCGGUAAGAACAUUGACUUCUCUAACUUCAAGUAGCCCUUGCUUUCCCUCUCUCCAUCCCCUCCCCCUUCCCAGUUCUCCCACCAGUCUUACUGUCUGACUAAAUUCUAUCUCUGUACCGCCCACUCCAUUGACAUCAGUCUGAAGAAGGGUCUCGACCUGAAACGUCACCCAUUCCUUCUCUCCAGGGAUGCUGAGUUACUCCAACAUUUUGUGUCCACAGCUAACUGUAGGUAAUUUCCCCGACUGAUGAAGAGCAACAUGACAAAAGCCUCCUUCAGUUUAUUUACUUUGUUGUCACAUGUACCGAGGUACAGUGAAAAACUUUUUGUUGCGUGCUGAUCAGUCAGCAGAAAGACAAUACAUGAUUACAAUCGAUCCAUUUAAACCAGCAUCUGCAGUUCCUUCCUACACUAAUACCAUUAAAAUUGGCCAUGCCCCAAUUUAUGCACGAUUAUUGUAAAGCUAAUAAAACCAUGAUUGCUGGUGCCAAAGGACUCAACAUUCAGUCACUGGCCCUGCCCAAUUCUCUAAGAAUAGGUCAAGCUUUGCUCUCUCCCAUGUAGGGCACUCUACAUAUUGCCUGAGGAAAGAUUUUUCACUAUAUUUAACAACUUCAACCCAAUCGAAGCCCUUAGCAUCAUGGCAAUCCCAGACUGAAUUGAGAAAGUUAAAAUCCACUGUUAGGAUAGCCCUAUUAUUCAACGUAUUAUUCAAACGCAAACUGGGCGAUCGUUUCGCUGAAAACCUUCGCUCUCUCCGCCCGAACCUGAUCUCCCUGUUGCUAAACACUUUUAAUUCUCCUUUACAUUCCCACACAGACCUUUCUGUCCUCGGUCUCCUCCAUUGUCAUAGUGAACCUAAACGCAAAUUGGAGGAAAGUAUCUCACAUUUUGUUUGGGCAGUUGCAGUCGAGUUGUAUGAAUAUUGAUUCCCCCAACUUCAAGUAACCCCAGCAUUCCCUCGCUCUCUCUCCCUCCCCCAUCCGUUCAAGUUCAAGAGUUCAAGAGAGUUUAUCGUUUUCACCCAACAAACAGCUAACAAUGGCCUUUCCUCGAUCAUCGUAACUUUUUUGCACAUCUUUCAUUCAUUGUUCUUUAUCUCUCUACAUCAUCGCAUAUAUCUCUCGUUUCCCUUUUCCCUAACUAGUCUGAAGAAGGGACUCGACCCAAAAUGUCACCCAUUCCUUCUCUCCAGAGUGCUGCCUGUCCCGCUGAGUUACUCCAGCAUUUUGUGUCUAUCUUCGGUUUAAACCAACAUCUGCAGUUCCUUCCUUAACAUGAUGCCUAGUUAAACUGAUCUCAUCUGCUUGAUCCAUAUUCCUCUACUCUGUGCACUUCCAUGUGCCUAUCCUUAAAGCCUCUGAAACACCACUAUUGUUUCUACCUUCAGCACCACCCCUGGCAAUGUGUUCCCCCUCUUACCUUAUAGCUAUGCCCUCUAGUGUUGGACAUUUCCACCCUGGGGAAAAACGUUCUGACUGUCUACCCUAUCUAUGCCAUUCAUAAUUUUACAUACUUCUAUCAAGUCUCCUUUCAACCUCCA